UUGAGCGCUGCUCUCGAGCGCAGGCUGGUGCUGGGCUCUGAUGAAAAGAAUAAGGCAAAAAAAAAAAAAAAAAAAGUUGGAAAACAAUACGUUCAUGAAUUUUCGAAAUUGUCCAGAUUGUGUGAAAGCUUUUAUUAUCAAUUUCAAACCAUUCUUUUAACUUGUCCACACAGGAAUGUGGCUUUUGAGAAAGAUUUUUCUGUGUUAGAGACUGACGUGAGUUUGUUUUGCGGUUCCGCGGCGCUCGCGAAGGUCGGACGCGAGAAUUAAAAACUGAGCCGCACGCGCUCGGAUUACACACUCGGGGAAGCUGACGGAGCGCGCGCGCGGGCCAAGCCGCCGGGAUCGCUGGAAAGGAGCAUCCGCUCUUCCACUCUUUACUGUGUUUACUGUGUUGGCAGGCGUGUCGGGACCUGGACGAGAGGGGAGAAGGAGCUCUGCGAUUCUCCGUGACUUUUUCGGUAUGUCUGUAGUGGUUGUUGUGUGCCCAGACCGGUAACCAGGUGUGUUUCUUCUGCCAUGGCAAUGGUAAAGGUGGUGAAGCUGCUGUUGUCCAUUGUUUCUGUGCUCCUGGUUGCUGGGUCCUUCGGACAAGAUCACGAUUGGCACUUUAACUCCGCUCAGUGCCGUUAUGCCCUCGGGAUGGAGGAUGGAACCAUUCCUGACUCCGACAUCACUGCGUCCAGCGCUUGGUCUGAUUCUACAGAGGCCAAACACGGAAGGCUGAGCACGGGUGAAGGGGAUGGGGCAUGGUGUCCUGCUGGACCGGUCUACCCCAGUGGGUCUGAGUACCUUCAGGUUGACCUGCGCUCCUUGCACUUCCUCUCUCUGGUGGGAACGCAGGGCCGCCAUGCUGAUGGACAUGGGCGUGAGUUUGCCCGCAGCUACCGCCUUCGCUACUCACGCGACAGUCGUCAGUGGAUCACUUGGAAGGACCGCUGGGGACAGGAGGUGGUGUCAGGUAAUGAGAACACCUAUGACGUGGUUCUGAAGGAUCUGGGUCCACCCAUCGUGGCGCGGAUGGUUCGCUUCUACCCCUUAGCUGACCGAGUGAUGAGCGUCUGUCUGCGAGUGGAGCUCUAUGGCUGCUUGUGGAAUGAUGGACUGAAGGCAUACACAGCUCCUGUGGGAAAUGUCAUGCACCUCUCUGGGUCUCCAGUCUACCUGAAUGACUCUACCUAUGAUGGAAGUACUGAAGCAGGCAUGCAGUUUGGUGGAUUGGGACAGCUGUGUGAUGGGGUGCUCGGCGGUGACGACUUCACAGAGAGCAAAGAGCUCCGCGUAUGGCCUGGGUACGACUACGUGGGUUGGAGCCGCGAGGCUCUGGGUCGACCCAGUGUGGACAUCGAGUUCCACUUUGAGAAGCCCCGCAUCUUCCACAGCAUGCAGGUGCACAGUAACAACCGCCACACCCAGGGGGUGCGUGUCUUCAGCAAGGUGGAUUGUCAGUUCAAGCCUGGGCUGUUGCUCCCGUGGUCAAACCCGUUCCUGUCCCUCCCGGUGCCCCUGUCAGACCUGAAAGAUCCCUCCUCGAGAACCAUCUCUUUGCCUUUGGGCGGUCGCCGUGCUCAGAUCCUGCGCUGCCAUUUUGCCUUCGCGGACCGUUGGCUGCUUAUCAGCGAGAUCUCCUUUCACUCCGAGCCUUAUGAUGAUCUUCCAGAGAUGAUCACAGCUUUUCCCAGGGACCCCCCUGUUUUUCGUACCUCCCAUCCUGUGCCCACUACCCCUAGGCCUACUAGCGCACUCUCAACUAGCGCACCUAAUCGCACCAGCAUUCUCACGGACCCCUUCACUACACACCAUGUGAGCAGCACCACAGACAACCUCACAAUGGCAGAGGAUGAGGUUGGAGCUAAAACCCCAAGACCAGGCCAGCCUGUUGCCAAGGAUGACAGCAGCAACACCUCCAUCCUUAUUGGCUGCCUGGUGGGAAUAAUCUUGCUGUUACUGGCUGUCAUUGCUGUCAUUCUCUGGAGGCAAUACUGGAAGAAGAUACUGGGCAAGGCCCAGGGCAGCCUGUCCAGCGAUGAGCUGCGGGUCCACCUGUCCGUCCCCUCCGACAAUGUGGUCAUCAACAACACACACAGCUAUUCCAGCCGGUACCAGCGCAUCCACACCUUCCCUGAUGACCGAGACCGGGAUGGGGAGGAGGGUGUGGAGUACCAGGAGCCCAGUGCGCUGCUCAGGCCCAGAGAGGAGCGAGACAGCACUGCCUUGCUGUUAAACAACCCAGCCUAUCACGUCCUACUGUCUGACCAGAGGCAUGCCCCCGACUGGCUGCGCAAGUGCACGAGUGCGCAGGAAAAGACACACAAUGUGGUCCAGGCCUGUGGAUUUGACCUGGAUGAGAAAGCCCUUCCCACACAGGAUGAGCCACCCCCUUAUCCUGGGGCACCACCCUUCCCACAGUUACCUUCUAUGCUCCCACCUCUCUCGGUGCCCCCUGGCGCUGCCAGCGUGCCCCACUAUGCAGAAGCUGACAUCAUCAGCCUGCAGGGGGUCAGCGGUAACAACACGUAUGCUGUGCCUGCCUUGUCUGCGCCCACGGACUGUCCCACGCUCCCAGAGCUGCCCCGCCAAUGUCUGCUCUUCAAAGAGAAGCUGGGAGAGGGGCAGUUUGGAGAGGUACACCUGUGUGAGAUUGAAAACCCCCAAGAGCUGCCCAGUCUGGAGUUUCCCUUCAACGUGAGGAAAGGACGACCUCUUCUGGUGGCAGUGAAGAUACUGCGGCCCGAUGCUUCCAAGAACGCCAGAAAUGACUUUCUGAAGGAGGUGAAGAUCCUGUCUCGUCUGAAGGACCCCAACAUCAUCCGUCUGCUGGGCGUGUGCGUGAGCAGCGACCCACUGUGCAUGGUGACGGAGUACAUGGAGAGCGGCGACCUGAACCAGUACCUCUGUCAAAGAGUGCUGCUGGACAAGGCUGGACCCUCACACAGCACUCCCACCGUCAGUUACCCUGCUCUCAUCUCCAUGGCCAGUCAGAUAGCCUCUGGAAUGAAGUUCCUAUCCUCCCUGAACUUUGUGCACCGGGAUCUUGCCACCAGAAACUGUCUGGUGAGCGGCGAGCUGGACGCGGCCAGCGGCGAGCGCGAGAUAAAGAUUGCAGACUUUGGCAUGAGCAGGAACCUGUACGCUGGGGACUACUACAGGAUCCAGGGCCGGGCUGUAUUGCCCAUUCGCUGGAUGGCCUGGGAGUGUAUCCUCAUGGGCAAGUUCACGACAGCCAGCGAUGUGUGGGCGUUUGGUGUGACGCUGUGGGAGAUGCUGAGCAUGUGCCAGGAGCAGCCCUACUCGUCCCUAACUGAUGAACAGGUCAUUGACAAUGCGGGGGAAUUCUUCAGGGACCACGGCAGACAGGUAUACCUGUGCCGGCCUGCUGUGUGUCCUCAGGGUCUCUAUGAGCUCAUGCUGAGCUGCUGGAACCGGGACUGCAAACUGCGGCCCUCCUUUGCCCAUAUUCACUCCUUCCUCACAGAGGACGCCAUGAACAUGGUCUAGAAGUGGAGGCUUCUACACACAUCGCUCCCAGAAAGACAGACCGAGAGGGCGUGGAUUGAGUUUUUUCUUUUAUAGAGAGAAAAAACCUCAAUGGCUGCUGGAUGCUUGGGAGAGGAUGCAAGCACAGCAGGUCGGGGUGGAGAGAAUGGGUAGGCUGUAUAAUUUAUAUUUUAGAGGGUGAGGCUGAGAUACCGCUGGCUCGGUAUAUUAUUACUCUCCUCCUUUCAUUAACCCCUAAAGAGUAGAUAAUUUGAAUGUAAUCGGGAUAUUUGGUGAUGGGUAUUUGGACUCUAUUUCUGUCUGUGUAGGGCAUAUAGGGUUGUGAAUGUUUCUUUGUAAACAUGUACUGUAUGUGGUCUUCAUCCAGCUACAAUAAACUAUGUGUUUAAAGAAACUGAACAAUAUAUUUGUAAUAACACAUUAAGACUAAUCAGAAGACAUACUAAAUAAGUUAAAUCAGCUGUUAACAUUAAGCUGUAGCUGAAAUAUUGAAUGUAUACAAAUAACUUCAUUUUUAACAUCUUGUGUAAUUAAUUUGAACAGUCUGAUCAGCUCUCCCUGAACUUUCCCUAAUCAUGUUAUAGCUGCCCGUAAGUACAAGAAAGCUUCUUGUCAUCUUCAAUGGUGAAAAAUUAGUUUCUUGCUGCUAGAUAAAGAAUGGUUAUGUGCUGUUUCAAUUUUCCUGUGUAGAAAUUUCAUCACAUAAAGCUGCACACCUGCAUAUACACACACAAAUAUCUAUUUAAAGCACCACUUGCCCCCUGGCAGUUAGUGUUUUGUUCACUUCUUAGGGAUGAUUGCUCCUGUAGUCCACCACCCGGACCGGACUGCUGUAUAUUUGCCCGAGUGCGAUGAUGUAGAACCAAGGGUUCUG